CUUCUGCCCCUUCUCAUCCCUUGGUCCUUCCCCUCCUGCCUAGAGAGCUGGGAUAGACUGGACACGCGAGAGUAUGUCUACUGCCCCUGACGCUCCGACGAGUCCCUUCAAGGAGAAGCCUCCUCUCAGUCCGACAGGAUCUGUUGAAGAACAGAAAUUGGGAUAUAAUGACACCAAGGAGCAGAGUGUUCACGGCCCAGCGGACGUAGAUGAGGUGUUCGAGGAUGUUAGGACAAUCGAUCUCGAUGAGACUGGGAACGAGAGACCUAUCGACACGGAGCAGGACUAUGCACUACGUCUAAUCUCACUUGAAGACGAUCCGACUCUUCCUGUGUUUACGUUCAGGUCGAUGUUCCUUGGCACCGGUCUAGCAUGUUUCGGUGCAGUUCUUGGACAGCUUUUUUAUUUCCGUCCUCAGACUGUCACCGUCAGCAGCCUUUUCCUUCAGAUUAUCGCCUUCAUACUUGGUAAAAUUCUGGAUCAAGCCAUUCCAGGCCCUGGAGUCUCCGCUAAGAUCAAGACAAGAGAUAACGCUUUCUGGCGCUUUAUGAACCACGGACCUUUCAACCUGAAGGAGCAUGUUGCAAUCACGAUCAUGGCCUCAACGGCCUCCGACUCUGCACUGGCGAUUUCAAUCUUCGCCGCUCAAGAUCUGUAUUACAACGUCAGACCCAAUGCCGCAGUCGGCAUUUUCACUCUUAUUGGAUCACAACUCAUCGGUUAUGGUCUUGCGGGCCUUGCGCGCCAAUACCUUGUGUACCCCACCUGGGCCGUCUAUCCGCACAUCAUCCCACCUGUCCAGCUCUUCGACGCCAUGCAUCGUGGGCAAGGUUUGUUCCUCCAGAAGAAACGCGUACGAUUCUUCUGGACCGUUUUUGUGGCGAUCUUCAUUUGGGAGUGGUUCCCUGAGUACAUUGCGCCGACUCUGACGGGAGUUAGUAUCUUCUGCCUUGCAAAUCGGCAUAGCGCUUGGUUCACGAGGAUAUUUGGUGGUGCUGCGGGUAACGAAGGGCUCGGAACGUUUGCUCUCUCAUUCGACUGGAACUAUGUCGGUAGUGGAGGCAGCGCCAUUGGAUCUUUGUUCACUCCCCUCUCGACUCAGAUGUCGCUGUAUGCUGGAUGCGCGGUUUGCAUGAUCGCGUUCUGUGCCUGCUAUGCAAACAACAUCUGGAACGCCCAGAAUUUCCCAUUCUUGACCCAGCUGCUGUACUAUGAGAACGGAACCGAGUACGAUCAAUUGAGGAUUCUGAACGACGACUUCACGCUUAAUAGCACAAAGCUCGAGAUCGAGGGCCUCCCUUGGUACGCAGCAUCGCAGUUGCUCUACAAAGUCAGUCGAACGAUGUAUAUCGGGGCCGCUGUGACGCAUUUUGCCCUCUGGCACGCCAAGGAUGUGUGGGAGAUAGUCAAGAAUGCUUCAACCCACGAGUGUGAUGAUGCCCAUUACAAGAAAAUGAAGGUUUACAAGGAAGUCCCUUGGUACUGGUAUGGUGGCAUCUUUAUCAUUUGCUUUGCCAUAGCACUGGGAACAUCUUACGGUGCCAAGUCGGGCAUGCCUUGGUGGGCUUUGAUUGUUGCUCUCAUCAUUACUGCGGUCUUUUUGCCGGUCAUUGGCACAUUGUACUGCACCGUUGGUUAUCAGCCGUCGAUCGAGAAUUUAGUCCAGAUGGUGGGCGGUGCUAUUAUCCCAGGAAAGCCCGUAGCAAACAUGUACUUCACGUUGUAUGGUUACCAAACGUACACUUUGACCUUGAAUCUACUUCGGGACCUCAAAAUGGGUCAAUACACGAAACUUCCUCCUCGAGCCACUUUCGCGUUCCAAACAAUGGGCGGUAUAAUUGGAGGCUUGCUCAACUACGCCAUCAUGAAGAGUGUUCUGGCUUCUAACCGGGAGAUCUUGUUGGACGUUCAAGGAACCAACGUUUGGUCUGGGCAGCAGGUUCAAUCAUACAACAGUGAUGCCAUUGCCUGGGGCGCACUCGGGAAACCCCUUUAUACUCCAGGUUCACGCUACGGAUUCGUUCCGUGGAUGAUUAUCGCCGGUUUGGGUUUCCCAAUCCCAACCUAUUUACUUCACAAGAAGUAUCCCAAAUUCGGAUGGAACAAGAUUUUCACGCCAAUAUUGGUGGCCGAACUAGGAUUUCUGUCCGUUGGUAUCAAUUCCAGUGUCUUCACUUCCUUCCUUGUUGCCAUCUUCUCCCAAUGGUACCUUCGCAAAUACCGCCCGAGAUGGUUCCGCAAGUAUAACUUCCUUCUCAGCGCAGCGUUGGAUGGCGGUACUCAGGUGAUGGUUUUCGUCUGGUCGUUCGCUGUCGGAGGGGCUUCUGGCAACGCUGUCGAUUUUCCCAACUGGGCCCUUAAUCCCAAGGGUAACCCAGACUAUUGUUUGCGGCUUACAUGAGUGGCUUUCUGUUCGCGUGAGUCGAUUGUUGAGCGAUUUUUUUGGGGUUAUUAUGCCGGCGGACGCCUGGAUCUAUGUCCAUGUCUAAGAGAAGUACACAAGUAGCAUUGAAGCUACAGGAGAAACUGUAAUUGGUUCCAUUCAGUGC